AUGCUGAAUUUUGGUGGUCAAACAAGAAGAAGAGUCAUUAAUUUAGGAACUAAAAAUAGGUCCACUACGAAAAAGGAUAUUUUGCAAAGAGCAGAACAAGAAAGAAAAAGAAGAGCUGAAAAUAGAGAGAAAGAAGAAGCAAUCAGAACCAUCCAGAAAUUCAUAAGAAAAAGAUUAGAUCUAAAAAGAUUUUUAUAUAGCCCAACAUGUGCCAAUUUAAAUACAAGACAACAACUAGCAUUGAUUAUACUUUUUAAGUCAAAAUUAUUUGCUUUUGGGAUGUCUGAGUCAGAUCUUAAUAAUGCUUUGCUCAAUAUACAAAACUCUUGCCAAUUAUAUGAAAAACCUUAUAGCAAUAAUGCUUUGAUUGAUAUAUUAGGCCAUUUACAGACUGAAUCAUGCUUAAUAAAUAUAUUAAGGGGUAUUAAUUUACGAUUAGAAAUUCUGAAUAUGGAUUUAUUUAUUAACAAUGGGGUGAUUCCUUUUCUAAAAAAUGUUGCAAAUAAAGGAGCUCUUUCAUCAAAUAGUGCAGAAGCUCUCUGCCAAUUUUUAUCAUUACAAAAAAUAUCUGCUUCAGAUCCUUGGCUAAUAAAUUUUUUAGAAAGUAUUCAACCUGAUUAUAAUUUAUUUUGUUCAAUUGUCAAAUAUAAACUAUUUCCAAAAAAUUUUCAAAAUUUUCACAAUGGCAGUUUUCUUCUAAACAAUAUGUGCUAUAUCUUAGUCACUAUGAAAUCCAAAGUGUCUGAUGAAUUCUACUUCAUGGUAUUUGACAUUAUUAACCAUUUAGACAAAGCGACUUUUUGCUUUUUAAAAUAUUCAUCACUAACUCUAGAAAAAAGUUUUAUAGAAAAAAUAUUAUCAUGUACUUCUCUACAAGACAAUGCUCCGGAUUUACCACUCACAAUUAUUGACAAUCUUUUACAAAUUAGCAAAUACUCUGAGAAUAGAAAUAAUAUUUUAAUGAUCUUAUUAGCUAAACAAUCUCUUAAUAUGCUUCUAUAUGAAAGCCUUAUGAAGUUAAAUCUACACAAUAAGAGCAAUAUUACAUCGAUGCCACCUGCAUAUAGAAUUACAAAAGAUUUGACAAGGUUAUAUUUACAAUUCGCUACAGAUGCAGAUUUACUUUCUAAUUCAACGCGCUCAUAUUUGUCAUUGCCUUUGGUAACAUUAUUAACCAAAAUAUUAAAAGAAGUUACUUUUAACACUCUCUGGAAUUCAAGGUCCAAUGAAAUAGUGUCGAUAGGUAAAACUACCACACAAACAAUUGAUAAUAUAUUAUUUGAUAUAAAAGAUGAUUUAUCUUUGUUAACUCAAUUAUAUCUUAGGGACUCAAGAGGAUAUUUCUUUUCAAGAACAAAUAAAAGCUUUUGGUGUGCUACUGAUGAGUCAUUUAUUGAUACUAAUAUAUAUCCAAUAUUAAUUCAGUAUGAAGAGUUAUUUCAACAGGAAAUGAAUAUAGGUAUUAGUUCAGAUAUCUAUGAAAAGAGAAAUGUUGUGUUAGAGAAAUUAUUGAAAGAGAAAUACCAUGGAAUUAUGUCCAGACCAUUUAGAAAGUUGAAUAUUUUAAUAAAAAGUCCAUUUUUUAUCCCAUUUAAUCAACGUGUGGAUUAUUUUUAUUUUUUGAUUGAAACUGAUAAACAUGCAAUGGGUUAUGAUAAUGUAAUGAAUUUAUUAACCAAUGAAAUAUUGCAAGAUGCUGCAAGACUUCCUAUGCAUGGUGGAAGCAGAUCAGCUACUAUAUCUAGAGAACAUGUGUUGGAAGAUGCUAUGGAUGCAUAUAAUUAUGGUUCCGAUUUAAAAUCGAAGUUAUCUGUAACUUUUGUUAAUCAAUUUGGUAGAGAAGAAGGUAUCGAUGGUGGAGGUGUAACAAAGGAAUUUUUAACCUCCGUGAUUGAGGAGGGAUUCAAGGAUGAUUCUAAAUAUAAACUUUUUAAUACAAACGAAUUACACGAAAUAUAUCCUAAAGCUAUCACUGAUCAAGAGUCAUUGAAAAUUAUUUUGUUUUUAGGGAAAAUAGUUGGGAAAUGUUUAUAUGAUCACAUUUUGGUGGAUUUAAAAUUUGCAAAUUUUUUCUUGAAGUUGUUAUUAAUCGGAGUUGAUCACUUAACCAUUGAUGAUUUACGUAGUUUGGAUCGUACACUAUAUGAUAAUUUAAUUUCAUUACUGGAUAUGUCUGAUGAAGAACUAACUGAAUUAGAUUUAACUUUUGAAACCAUGAACAUGUUUUAUCCAGAAAAAAUAGUAGAAUUGAUUCCUAAUGGUUCUGAAAUGAAAGUUAAUAAACAGAAUGUUUUACAGUAUGUUUGGAAAUUAGCCCAUUAUAAGUUAGUUUCAAUUGCAAAGCCAGCCAGUUAUAAAUUCUUAGAAGGAUUAGGUAGCAUCAUUCCUCAACAUUGGUUUGGUAUGUUUAACACUGUAGAUUUUCAAAUGUUGAUAUCAGGUGGUCAUAAGCCUGUUGAUAUUGAGGAUCUAAGAACUCAUACUGAAUAUGGUGGAUACGAUGAAAAUGAUUCAACCAUUAAAUAUUUCUGGGAAGUUUUAGAAGAAUUUAAUGACAAAGAGAGAAGAGAUUUUUUACGAUUUGUGACAUCAGUGCCUCAAGCACCAUUAAAGGGAUUCUCUGCUUUAGAACCUAAAUUUGGGAUACGCAAUGGAGGUAAAUAUGAAUUAGACAGAUUACCUACUGCAUCCACGUGUGUGAAUCUUUUAAAACUACCAGAUUACGGAGAUAAAACAGUUCUGAAACAAAAGUUAUUAUACGCAAUUAAUGCAGGAGCUAGAUUUGAUUUAUCGUAA